CUCCAUACACUCUUCAAACUAACGAGCAUCUCUCUCUCUCUCUCUCUCUCUGUUAUUGCAGAUAGGCAGACAUCAAUCUCACUGGAGUCACAGGGGCCUAGGAAGCCAGGUAUCCACAGGGGGGGCUUACUCAGAUUGAAUGGUUUUCUUCACUACUGAAGACUUUGUUGCUAUAGAUUGAAUCUUCCUGCCCAUUGAGAUCAGCUCAUCAACUAAAACUAAGAAGAUGCUUAUUGUUUUAGCCGUGUUCGUUAUAGCUGCAGUUUCCUCAAUCCUGAAUGUCUGGAAACUAGGUGUACAUAAUUUGGAGGUCACGAGGCCUGAGAUUAACGAUGAGGUUACUCCAAGCACACAACUCAGAAUGGAUAUUCUAGAUCAAGUUUCUGUUGCUUGUAGUCCAUUGGAGUUGAAUCCUAAGGUGCAGAUCCAUGAAAACUUAGCAGACAAGGGACAAGCUGAAGUAAAUAUUCCAGAAAUUGUCUCUCUACUUCAUCAGAUGCAAAGUGACAGUCCAGAAUCUGGAACUACCACUUAUUAUAGAAUCUCUGAAGAAUUGGUUUCAGAGGUAAAUGAAUUUCACUUUUCUAUAUUUUAAUUGUUAUUCUCAGUCUUAUACAUGCAUAACUUAGGACUAGUGACAACUAUACCUUUGAAUAGAGUUGAUUGGAGAAAAAAGAUCCAUGUAGUCGACCUCAUUGAGUUGAGAUAAGGUUGAAUCAUUUAGUUGAGAUAAGGUUGAGUUCACGAGUACUAUUCUGAUUUAU